GGGAAUAAUUCCUGAGGCACGGUGACUGCCUGAUUACACAAACAUUGUCUCAUCAAUUUUCUUCCCAAUCCUACAGAGGAAGUGGCAUCUGUGGUGGUCAUGGCGUGAAUAGGAAUGUGUGUUUAGAGCCGCGGGGUGGGGCCGAAGGAGAGGGGAGGAGACACUCCCAGCUGUCCUAGGAGAGCUGAGGCGAGAGGACCCCACAGCACGGUCUUUUCCCACGACCUUUACCCGGUGGGACAGAGCUUAUCCAGACAGAGGGAGUCGACAUAUUUCGUGCGCCCCAAGAUUGCUCGAGAAGCGCAGUUCGCGUCUGCAGGGCAAAAAACGAGGACGCCCAAUUAGAGGACCGACUGUCUCCUGCCUCCCAGACGAUCCACGCCAGUCUCCUCCUUGGACUACACAGCCCCUCGAGGCCCUGUCGCUGGGCACAGAUUCUCCACCUCGGACGACUUCCUAGCCGGGGGCGGUCUCUGGGGCAGGAGCACCAGGGUCCUUGGAGGCGUCUUUAAGGCUUUGGUCCCCGCCCUCAUCGCCCGCCCUCUUCCCGCCUCCCUCCGCAAGGAUCCAGCGUCUAGGCGCGCGGAGCAGGUGCGGGCCACCGUAUGCGGCUGUUGGGGCUGCUGUGGUAGCGGCGCGGGGCGCUCGCCCACCCCUUCUCCGGGCCACUCUCAGGCUCUGGCGCGCGGGGACAUGUCGGUGGUGACUGGCGGCGGUGAGGCGGCCGGUGGCGGCGGCGGCGGCGGUGCGCGUGUCUUCUUCCAGAGUCCCCGCGGUGGAACCGGCGGCAGCCCAGGAUCCAGCAGCAGCUCCGGCUCCUCAAGGGAGGACUCGGCGCCGGUGACUACGGUGGCCGCCGCCGGGCAAGUGCAACAGCAACAACGACGCCACCAGCAGGGAAAAGUGACAGUGAAAUACGACCGUAAGGAGCUUCGUAAGCGGUUGGUGCUGGAAGAAUGGAUCGUGGAGCAGCUGGGUCAGCUGUACGGCUGCGAGGAAGAAGAAAUGCCAGAUGUAGAAAUUGACAUUGAUGAUCUUCUUGAUGCCAACAGCGAGGAGGAAAGAGCUUCGAAAUUACAGGAAGCUCUCGUAGACUGCUAUAAACCAACAGAGGGUGAAGAGAUCACCUGAACAGAGUAUCGACAACACCGGAAGCUGUGUGGGUGGCCAGAGUUUGUCUGGUGGCUCCAACGUUUUGACAUGAUUGACCAUCCAGAGAGCUAACUUCAGUCCUCAAGUGUUCUUCACGAGCCAAAAACCUUGGCCCAAAACAAAUCAGAAGACUUUGAGGAAGAUUUCCUAAAGGAGGUGAACUUUCAGGAGGUGAGGUCAGGGGUGGAUCUGUUUUCUGUCACAUUUUCUUAGAUCCCAGGUGAGCACAGGGCAGUGGCAAUUGUGGUGGUGGUGGUGGUGGUGAUGAUGACAGCGAUGAUUGAUGCUGAUGGUGAUGAUGAUGAUAAUGAUGGCAGCAACAAAAGGAAGAGCAGAUGACUUCACACACAUCUUGCUUGUAGAUUCUUGCCGCCCCCAGGUAAUGAUGUUAUUUUUAUAAAGUGUAGACUUUAUUUUCUUUGUGCUGGGAGUAGAACUGGGGACCUUGCUCAUGAGGCCAGCACUCUACCAUGGAGUUAUGUCCCUAGUCCUAAAGCACAUAAAGAGCACAGGGCCCAGUCAACAUGUCCUCAUGAGCGAUGGUGACUUAACGGCCUCUUACUAAACUUAAAAUGACCACGCUUACCUUAACACAGCCCCAUUUCUCUCUGUGUGAUUAGAAUUACAUGGACAUAAACGAAUAGGAGUUAAAGACCAUUGAACACACGACAUUUGAGAUUUCUAUAUCUUGGCAAAGAGGGUCAGGAUAAAAAGAAAAGAUGUACAUGAAGCCAGCACUAACUUCAUUUUGUGACCUAGACCUCUUCUUGUGCCAUGGUGAUUAGUCUGAACUUGAAAGCCAUUUACAGAGAGGAGAAAUCCUGAGGAUUGUGUGAACUGAACCCUUUCUUAGAAUAGGUAUGCUCCUAAUGGUAUCUGUGCUGGGCCCUGAGCUACAGAAAUAGACUUAUCCUGAAAUCAUCAUUCUUGAUAAGGAGCCUUUGUAAACAAACCACUUACAACCUCUUUUUACCCUUAAAGGAGUCUCUAACUCUUCCUAAGGGGACACAUUCUGGAUUCCAUGAGUAUCUGUGCUUCCUAAAUUAAUUGCAGUUCCAGGACCCCAGAUAAAAUCCUCAUUUGCUCCACAGGCCACUGGGCAAAUAUUAAGACAUGAUGCAUAUUCUUGGAGUGAAAUUACUUUAGUCUUUUUAGUGACUAGAAAGUAGGAGAUUAUAAUUUUAUUUAUUUUUUCUGUCCUGUUGAUUGCUUUCCAUGGCUGGAAUAUUUAUGUGGACUUCACUUCAUAUUGCUUAAAUUGUAAGUGCAAAGAUGCCAAUAAAUACAUUACUAGGCAAAAAAGAAUUAUACUAUACAUACUAAGGCUGACAAUGUGGUGUGUCACUGACCUCCUUUGGUGAAUACAGACAUGGGUGAGUUUUGUGUAAGAAACAAAAUCAUCUAGAAGUAAAAGUUGAAUAUCAGAUUAAGGAGACUGUAAUCACAGCAAAAUGAAUUAAUCUUAAAAGCAGAUGUGAAUCAAGCAAAGAACAAAGUUUCAUAGCUUCAAGUUAAAGGAGGAAAAUCAAAACUGGGCUGUGAUUAGGGUCUUCAGGAAUUUCUGUUGGCAGAAGUCAUUUGACAGCACCCACAACAAGACCUCACCUGAAGCAGAUACCAUGAACUGCUUUUCAGAUAAUGAAAAGCAAGAUCAAUUCUGGUAGUCCCUGCUAGCUGAUGGAUCGAACUAUAAUCUUCCCCCAGCCCCUAGAUGAAAUGAAUAUUGACUCUUUUAUCAAGGAAUGUACCUGAAUGGACCUUGCUGUAGGGCUGUGAUGGCUGGGAGUAUAUCCCAGCAUCCUCAGAGCUGAGAAUAUUUAGAUGUGUUAUGGUGUUUCAUUGUUUCCUGCCUGGUGUCCUGGGCAACUUACACAGUCAGAUUUUUUGAUAAUGUCUAACUGGUUCUGCAGGUGACACAGUUUUGUUAUUUUAAACAGUUUUCAGGUGUUAGCAUCACCUGUCCAAAGAGGAGAGUCGUGUGGCAUGUAGUUUCUGCUACCCCACUUUAAGCUCCGAGCAGACCACAUUACUAGUCCCUGCCCUGAGAAUAUUGAAUCCAUGGAUGAAAAACAUAGACACACACUUAGCUCAAUUUCACCCUGCCUUAUUGGCUCAAUUGCUGGAUGCUUCUAAUCUCCUGUGGCUAGCAUGCCCUUCCCAAUAAUCUUAGCUCAGCACCUCUUAAUCUGCCCUUAGCUUAGUGGUCCAGUUACCUUCUCCUUGUUCAACAAACCAAAACUGCCCUCUGGGUUAGUUGGGUUUCUAAUCUCCUGCCUGGGGAAGUGGCCGAUGUCCACUACACCCAAGAUCUUACAUGGCUGUUACCUUUCCUCCCUCCGAAGCAUGGCAAAAUCCCCCUUCCUCUUUCUACAUCUCUUAGACCCAGAAGUCCCACCUCUUUCCUUCCCCCAGAAAUUGGCCCCUAGCAUCUUUAUCGAUCUAUCAAGAACCAAAUGGAGGACCUUAGUUAGCAUCAGAAAUCCCUCCUACAAAGUUUCACCUUCCAUUUCUCUAACUUCUCCUAAUUUUAGUGACUUGGGAAGUCCUUCUGCUAUUCACCCUGUUCACACAUUCCUGGACUCUCAUCUUGGCUGCUGUUUUAGUUCACUUUCUGUUGCUGUGAUAAACAUCAUAGCUGAAAGCAACUUGGAAAGGAAAAGGCUUAUUUUACCUUCUAGGUUAUAGACUGACAUGAAAGCAAGUCAGGGCAGAAAGUUGAGGCAGGAACCUGGAGGCAGAAACUGAUGGACAAGCCUUGGAGAAACUAUGCUUACUGGCUUGCUCAUCAUGGUUUUCUCAAGCUUGCUUUCUUAUACAAUGAUGACCAUCUGCCCAGGGGUAGUACCACCCACAAUGACCUGGACCCUUCCAGGCCAACCAUUUAUCAAGAAAAUGACCCACAUUCUUCAGACCAAUCUUAUAGAAGUGUUUUCUCAGUUGAGUUUCACUCUUUCCAGACAGCACUAGUUUUUGUCAAGUUGACAAAAAGCUAACCAGCACAAACUUGCCCUAGAAGCCAGGUGUGGUGAAUACCUGAAACCCCAGUACUUGAGAGGGUAAAGGUGAAGAUGGGUGGAUUUUAGUCUAGUGUGGGCUACAUAGCAAGACCCUGUCUCACAAAGCAAACAAAACAAAAGCAAACAACAAUGACAAACAAGCAACCAAAGAACUCUAAAGAAAUCCUUAGAUUUUAGGAGGUUGACAAUGAACCUGGGCCAGGGGCAAGUUGAGCCUGUCAAUGUACAGUUUUAGGUCAGUGACUGUUCUUGGAAGCAAAUGGGGAGAACACACAACCAUAUAGGCAAGGUCAGGGUUGGUGGUCCCUGUGUAUGUCACCUUUAAGAAUUUUCAUCUGCUUUUCCUCUGUACUCUGCCUCUGUACCCUGUCUCUGCCUCUCUGCCUCUCUGCCCCUCUGCCCCUCUUCCCCUCUCUCUGCCCCUCUGCCCCUCUGCCCCUCUGCCCCUCUGUCCCUCUGCCCCUCUGCCCCUCUGCCCCUCUCUCUGCCCCUCUGCCUCUCUGCCCCUCUGCCCCUCUGCCCCUCUCUCUGCCCCUCUGCCCCUCUGCCCCUCUGCCCCUCUGCCCCUCUGACCCUCUGCCCCUCUGACCCUCUGCCCCUCUGCCCCUCUGCCCCUCUGCCCCUCUCUCUGCCCCUCUGCCCCUCUGUCCCUCUGCCCCUCUGCCUCUGCCUCGAGUGGAUAGUAUGUUCAAAAGUACAGAUUGUACAUCAACAGUUCCUUCAGGCACACUUUGUUAGAGCUUCCUUUGCUGGCACAGUUACUGUGCUUGGUGACACCAUUGAUGCUUUAGAGCCCUUGUGUUAGGGAAUACUUCUAAUUAAAGAGUUACUGUUGAGUAUCUAUUCAGCUUAUUUCUUUCUAAGUGGUUCUGAAUACUAAAAAGGGUGACCUAAGUGUAGUUUAUGUAUAGAGCCAAGAUUGGCUACUUCCUUAUUUUCCAGGGUCCCAUCUUUUGGGAAAUAUCACAUUGUCAGCAAUGAACAUAACAGAUUAAUUACUUUGAAUGACCAGGGAAGGCUCUCAGACACCUGGCUAUGGUGAUCAUAAUUAGAAAGCAUGUGUCCAUCUGCUACCCCUGGCACAGGCUGAGGCAGGCCCAUAUGUGGGUGUUGGGGGUGGAUGCUGAAAGCCAAAGGACUCAGAAGAGAUCUGGAAAAUAAGGUUUCAGAGUAGGCAUGUUAUACAUUCUGGAACUGGUGGGGCUGGUGCCAGUGCGCCUCAGGAUCUGUUUAGAAGUCAGGUGACUAAAUGUUGCCUGGAGUUAACUUUCCAAGCUCCCAGGGAAUGCUAUCCUUUCUGUGGCUGUGUUGACUCCACUUCCCUCUCUGGCCCUGCUCUCCCCUUCUCUUCUCUCCUCUCUUCAUCCCCCCUAAUGUCCUGUCCUGUUUUCUCCCCUUCUCUACCCGUCCCCCCUUCUCACUUAUUUUAUAUAUAUAUAGUCUAAGAUCUACUCUUCCCUUACUCUCCCAGAUCAUUACUUGCCCAGGUUUAAAGAAACAUCCUUGAGAGCCUUCAGAAUGUCUUGGGUCAGUGGCUACUUUCUACAAUUUUCUCCCUAAUGCACAUCGAAAAAGCUAGUGCUACCCAUUCCCUACCCCUUUAAAAAAAAGAUCUAUGUUUUCCAUUUUAUGUGCAUGAGUGUUUUGCUUGCUUGUAAGUCUGUGCACCACAUGCAUGCCUGAUGGCCAUGGAGGACAGAAGAGGGCACUGGAUCCCCUGGACUGGAGUUACAGACAGGCGUAAGCUGACAUGUGUACUGGGAACCGAACCUGGGUCCUCUGCAAGAACAAAAAGUGUUUUUCACUGAAGAGCCAUGUCUCUGGCUUGCUAAUACCCCUUUCCUUACUUCCAAGCCACAGCUAUGUGCAUCCACUUAUUCAUUCAGAUACUUCUUUACAGAUCUUUGCAGAGCUUCUCCUAUUGUCUUGUCUUGACAAACCAGCAAAGGUGAGCCAGGCUUUUGUGACCACCUGGUGGUUACAAGUACACACAGAAGUUGCUUUGGGUUCUUUUUCAAUUUACAAUAAUAUUUUGCAAGUUUUCUUUACUUUGUUUUAACCUUGCUUAUUUUGCCUAACUUUGGUAUUAAUUCAAUGAGUUAUGUAAUUUAUUCACCCUUCCUUGUCUUCUUUUACUAUAUAAUAUUCUUUUUAAAACAUUGUGACAGUUUGUAUAUGCUUGGCCUAGGGAGUGGCAAUGUUAAGAGGUGUGGCCUUUUGGGAGUAGGUGUGUCGCUGUGGGAGUGGUUUUUAAAACCCUAGUACUAGUUGCUUGGAAUUCAGUCUUGUAGCAACCUUCAGAUAAAGAUGUAGAACUCUCAGCAUCUCCUGUACAAUGCCUGCCUAGACGUUGCCAUGCUCACACCUUGAUGAUAAUGGACUGAACCUCUGAACCUGUACGCCAGCUCCAAUUAAAUGCUGUCCUUGUAACAGUUGUGUUGGUCAUGGUAUCUGUUCAGAGCAAUGAAAACCUAAGACAAACAUAUUUGUAUUUAGUAUUGUUAGUGUGGGGCUCCACUGUGUGGCAAGACACCCCCACUUGGUAUAGAAGUCAGAAGACAGUAUUCAGGAGUUGGCCCUCUCCUUCCACCUUGCUUAGACAAGGUCUUUCAUGCUGGUAUGAGAGACUAUUCUGCAUGUUUCAGGCUGGCUAGCCUGUGAUCGUCAAGCUGUUUCUCCGAUCUCUGCCUCUCAUUUCACCCUAAGAGUGCCACGACUACAUAUUGACACCGAUGCAUCCAGCAUUUUUAUGUGACAACUCUGAGGCUCAAACUCAGGUCACAGGCUCACUCAGCAAACACUUUCAUCUGCCAAGACAUCUGGCCAGCCAUGGAAAGCAUUCUUUUUUCUCAUUUUAUUGUGUGUGACACUAUACAUAUGGAGGGGUCAGAGGAAAGCUUUCAGAAGUCAGGUCUCUCUUUCCAUCUCUACUGCAAUUACCCACUCUUCUACUGGUAACUGCUUGGGCUCUGUUCAGCUUUUAAUUAUGGAGAACAAAAAUAUUAUUAUGAACCUAUUGUCUCAUGUACAAGAAUGUCUUCAAGGAAUAUAGCAGGAGGUGGUGUGAGGUCUGGGCUUGCUCCAUGCUCACCAGUAAGUGUGUGAGUUUCCUUCAUCCUCAUUAUCUCGCAAUGUUUAAAAUUAUUGAACUUUUAAAAUUUUUCUAAUCCAAUGAAUUCUCAUUGUUUCAAUAGAUCAUUGACGGCUGCUGGCUAGUGGAACUGGAGUCUUGCAGGGUUGAGGUGGAAUAUGUGUUCUUAGCUAGCAGUGUGUUGUAUGUAUUUGUGUGUGUGUUUCUAUAGGGAUUUCCAUAUCCAGGUUUUUGUCCAUGGUUCUUUGGAAUGUUGCUCUAACUUUAAUUUUUUUCAAACUUUACUUUUAAUCUUAAAUGCUUUAACCUCAUGUCUUAGUUAGGGUUUUACUGCUGUGAACAGACACCAUAACCAAAGCAAGUCUUAUAAAAAACAACAUUUAAUUGGGGCUGGUUUACAGGUUCAGAGGUUCAGUCCAUUAUCAUCAAGGUGAGAGCAUGGCAGCAUCCACGCUGUUAUAGCGCAGGCAGAGCUGAGAGUUCUACAUCUUCAUCCAAAGGCUGCUAGUGGAAGACUGACUUCCAGGCAACUGGGAUGAGAGUUUUAAGCCCACACCCACAGUCACACACCUAUUCCAACCAGGUCACACCUAUUCCAACAAGGCCACACCCCCAAAUGGUGCCACUCCCUGGUCCAAGAAUAUACAAACCAUCACAUCUCCCUUGUAGUCUACCACCCACCAGAGGUAGUGGAAAAGAAAGCAUAUGGAGGGAGCACAGAGUGGAGAAGUGAACCUGUUUAGAAAGGUUCUUUGGAGAAACUCUCAUCUGUGUUUUCUGGAAAUUGGCAGUUCAGUUUACAGGUUAGCAGUGGCAGCUCUAUUCACUCGCAAACACUUUACGGAUACACUAGCAGUCCAGUUCAGUAGUGUCUGGUUAGCAACAAUGGUGACAUUACCUAGCAGAAACAGCCAGGCCUCAGCCUCUGCUCGGGUCAGUAGGAAGGACCAGGAGGAACACCAGGAGAAGUUCUCAUCUGUGUCUCUCUUAGGGAAGCAAAGAUCAGCAAAGACCCACAAGCUUUGCACAGCUAGCUGUACCAAUAAGCCAAGAUCUGCCUCCAUCACUACAUGGAAUCCUAUUUAUACCCUUUGAACAGCAUGUGUCCUCCACGUCUCUUGCCCCAGCAUGAUUCUUGCCUCAGUACAUGCAUCCAAUCAGUCUGAGUCCUUGGAAGAGGCAACAAACUUUAGCAUACCACCAAAAGUUUUUUUGGUGCUUUCUCUAUGGCAUCCCAAGAAAUGCAGCUCAACUGAACAACGCAAGGUGGACCAAUACAUGUGUGUUGUUAGCAAAGAAUCCUUAAUCACAUGUCCUUUCAUGUGUUUGUUUUAGCAGAACAUCCUCUCUUCUGUGUCUACUUUAACAAAACAUUCCUUCACGUGUUUGCCCCAGCAAAACACUAUCCAAUCGACUUUCCAAAGAGCCCUUAAGUUUCCAAUUUAUGUUGGCAUCUUCAAUAUUGAUUUUAGAGAGUGCUUCAUAUAUGUUUAUAUCCAGGAUAACAAUCCAGACUAGAGUUUAUUUCGACUUAUAAUGCCUUUUAUCUACAGAAAUCUUAAGUUUUAAUGUCACGUUUAUCAAUGACAUCUUUCAUGAUGAAUAAUUUCUUAAGUUUAUUUAAGAAGUUGCUUGUGGGGAUGAAGAGAUGGCCCAAUGGUUAAAUAUAUUUCCCACUCUUGCAGAGGACCAGGGUUCAGUUCCCAGAACCCAUGCAGAGAAGCACACAACUGCCUGUAACUCCAGCUUACCAGGAACCUAUGCUCUGGCCUCCACAGACACCUGUACCCACAUGUACGCACCCCAUCAUACAUGUAAUUAAAAAUAGUAAAAGUAAGAUAUUUUUAAAUGAAAUUAUUUACUGCCUCGGUUGUUCUAAAGAUAGUCUUAUUGUAUUUCAGUUUAAACAUUAACUUUUUAUACCGUCUAUUCAAUACCUCCUUUUAUUUACGUGCAUGUGUAGUGUGAGGUAUGGCUCUCUCUGUGUUAUCCCAUGCUGUUCCCAACACCCACUGUUCUGUAAUGCAUUUCUCAAGGGUACCAAGUUCCCCUACACAUAGGGCCCACAUUGUUGGGAAGAGGCAAUGGGCAAAACAGAAGGUAGGUUCAUAUUCAGAGCACAAUAUAGUCUUCCUGGGGGCAGUAUUUUGUGCAUCCUUCAUCCUUUCUCUGCCACAUCUCAAAGUUAGAAGAUGGCUCUUUGUUUCCUGUAUAUUUUAAGUAGUUUUGUUGAUCAUUAGACUGAAAUACCUAACUUGGUUGCUUAACAAAAGGAAGUUCUCAUCUUGAGCAUCAUGGUACAGAGAUGGGUUACCCCAAGUUCCAGGUAGUGAUUCCUGGUUCCUCAUAUCUUUACAUCAGCACGACCUUUGAAUGCUGGUCUGAUUACUCAGUGGUUUCAUGACCUCAGGAAAGUCUCUAAGUCAGUACUUCUCAACCUUUCUACUGGUGUGGCUCUUUAAUAUAGUUCCCCAUGCUACGAUUACCGCAACCAUAAAAAUACUUUUGCUGCUACUCCAUAACAGCAAUUUUGAUAUUAUUAUGAAUCAUAAUGUCCAGUAUCAGGAUAUCUGAUAUGUGACCCCUGUAAAAGGGUCAUUCCAUUUCCAAAGAGGUCACGACCCACGGGUGGAGAACCACUGCUCUACAUCGGGAUCCAGCUUUCUAAUAUAUUGCUAUUGAUUGAAUCAGACAGUCCAGGAAAUGCUUGGUAUGCCUGGCAUCAGGCCCCUCAAACUUUCUCUACGUGGAGCCACUUUUCACUGGAGACAUUUUUUUUUUUUUACACAGCCAUUAUUCCUAUGACUUCCUAAGUCAGGAGUUUAUUUUAAAGUAAUUGGUACAUGUACAACUUAGCGUUUGUAAGUGACUAAAGGGAUUUGCACAGGAAUAAAAUAGAUGUGCUGUUUGACUAACAUCAUCCAACCUAGAAGGUGAAUUUAACACAUUUUUUUAAGAUUUGUUUAUUUAUUCAUUCAUUUAUUUAUUAUAUAAGUACACUGUAGCUAU